AUAGCGCGACGGGCGGGUACACCGCGUUCCCGCAAAAGUGACGUAUAUCGCAGCUUGAUAACGCGCACCACCUUCCGAUACCGAUACGAACCAAAUCGGAUGUUAUCUUAUCGCGUCGCGUCACCUCCGUCCACCUCCGGUAAUGGUGGCGAUGGCUCGAUUGCGGUAAGGAUUUUGUCGCUUCCCGUGCGCGUUUGUGGAUUCCAAGAACAGUAGGCUCGGAUAGCGGCAGUAGCAGCAUUUGGCGAAACUUUGCGCUCCAGGAAUACACUCGAUUGAGUCCGGCAGUCCAGUCGCGGUGUGUGUAGUAUGUGGAGUGUAUGUUCACCGAGGCCUGCCAAACGAUGUGCUAAUUGGCGUGUUUAUCCGCAGGCGGAAAAUAAGUGACAAAUAAGUUUAGAAAACAAGCGAUAAAAAUUGCAAUUUUUGGACCAUCGAACGGGGCGAGUGUUGAAUCGAGUGAUUAACGCGAGCGUGGAUCGGCCGUCUGGCCAGCUGUUUUCACCAGGAGGGCGGACAGAGGAGCAGUGGCCGAUCCCAUGAUCGAUGACGUGAAUUGUUUCAGAGUGAUCUCUACGAUAGAUAUUGCCAAAAGAUGGUGCAGCUAUUGGAUGACAACGCUGAUGCUGAUCUGAACGAACCCAAUGUAGCCCAAGGUGAAACGUAUCGAAGUUCGUUUUGGUGCUGGGGAAAGGGCAAUCGUGUAUCACAGGAGGCGGACUCGCUCAGCAUCAAGGUAGGCGGCGAAAACCAUGACAAGAAGCCAAAGGCGCACGAAACGAAUCGCAUCAAGUCCACCAAGUACACGCUGCUCACCUUCCUGCCGCUCAACCUGGCCGAGCAGUUCCGGCGGGUCGCAAACUUCUACUUCCUCUGCAUGACGAUCAUCUCGAUCGUGAUCGACAGUCCGGUUUCUCCGCUGACCUCGCUGGCUCCGCUGGUGUUUGUGAUCGCCGUCACCGCAACCAAGCAGGGCUAUGAAAACUACCUCCGCUACCGGGCGGACAACAUGGUGAACUACUCGCUGGUGACGGUAUUCCGCAGCGGCACCGAGCUGGACAUCCGCUGUCAGGACAUUCGCCACGGGGACAUCGUACGAACCUCGCGGGACUGUGAUAUUCCGUGCGAUUUGGUGCUGCUAAAAUCGUCGGACGAGAACCGCAAGUGCUACGUGACAACGGCGAAUUUGGACGGGGAGACCAACUUGAAGACGAUGUCGGUGCCGAAGGGGGUGCCGGACGUUCCGCUGGACAAGCUGCACACUCUGGGGAGGAUUGAGUGCGAGCUGCCGAAGACCGAUUUGUAUUCGUUUAACGGGAGAAUCGAGCUGGCCGAGGUUCACCAGAGGUCGAGCGAGUUGACGAGUAUCGAUGGUGGAGGUAUCGAUCAUUCGGUGCUCCCGUUAAUGGCGGAGAAUUUGCUGUUACGUGGUUCGCGCUUGAGGAAUACGGAGUGGGCUAUCGGAUGUGCGGUUUAUAUCGGGCAGAAAACGAAGUUGGCUCUGAAUAGCAAGAUGACGAACGUCAAGAUGAGUUCAAGCGAAAGCUACAUCAAUAAGUUUCUGGUUUUCUUCCUGGUGCUGCUGGUGGCCAUCGUGAUGGUUUCGUUCUUCAUGAAGCGGGACACCGACCGGAAUCAACGACAGCACAAUCAGUAUUUGGGGGAGUAUUUGGCGACGUAUCAGGUGUCACAGUUUCUCCAGGAUUUCUUCUCUUUUCUCAUUCUGUUCAACUAUUUGAUUCCGAUUUCGUUGUAUGUGACAAUCGAGAUGGCGAAGUUUUUGGGGGGAUUUUACCUGGAGUGGGAUCAUGAGCUGUACGACGAAGAGACCGACCAGCCGUGCAUUGUGAACACGUCGGAUAUCAACGAGGAGUUGGGACAGGUUUCGUUGCUCUUCUCUGACAAAACGGGAACGCUGACCAAGAAUGUGAUGAUUUUCCAGCAGUGCUCGAUCAACGGGAAGAUGUACAGCCAGGAAGGUCGAAGGCUGCAGGAAGUUGGGAGGAAUCAUGCGCUGAAGAUCAACCAGUGUUCGCGUCAAGUGUAUAAUUUCUUCGAGGCAUUGGCUGUCUGCCAUACGGUUCAGGUGGCCGGCGACUACACCAACGAAAAGGAUGAUCCCGAGGCCGACAAGGAUACCGAAGAAGAUCAGGAUCAGUUGGAGGAGCCAAACAAUAAUCGCACCGGACGGAUUUUUUCCCACAUUUCGGAAGAGAUUGAAGCUAGUUUACCGGUUGAGCAGCUGUCGGACGAAACGGAUUUCAUCCAGUUGAGGCUCUUGCCAGCGCGCACACGCUCUCCAAUUGCUCCUGUUGAGUCUGCUCCAAGUAAUUACCAACUGAAAGCUCCCGUUCAGGGUGAGCUUCUUCGGACAGCGGACAGCUUGAGGCCAUCGAGUGAAACGAUUAACAGACGCUCGGGUGGUAGCAUCUUCUCGCCGGGAGAUAAUCGCGUGCAUCCGAUCAGCUUGCAGAUACCACCCUUCAGGCGUUCCCCUUCCAGUGCUUCUAAUCGUUCCUCUAGGCCGCAGAGUUUGGUAGAGUCCACGAGCACUUCCGGGGAACACACGGAACAGCGCAAUUGCUUUCAGAAUGGCAGCAGUGGUCACCUGAACAGUUCGCUUCAAUCGAUGGAGCUCAAGCGGGCGAUAUCCGCCUACGAGGAGAAGUCUGAGCUGGACAAACCGUUGAAAACCCACCGCCGCACGCAGUCGCACAUCCCACCCGGGAUGGCAAACAAGCCGGACAGAGAUUUCAGGUUAGGAAGAGGUGACGUUAUGUUGCGCCGGAACCGCAGCUCGGUACGCUCUACGAGGGAGUACUAUGCGGCUCCAUCGUACACGGAGGCUUCUCUCCUCGAGCGACAGGAGUCGGUUGUGAAGCAGAAGGAAGUGCUUUCGUUCAUAAGGAAAAUGGACUAUCAAGCAUCCAGUCCGGACGAGAAGGCCCUGGUGGAGGCUUGUGCUAUGAUGGGUCUGGUGUACGUUGGUGACGAUGCCGAAGUGAUAAACAUCAAGCUGAGAGAGUCGUGCGUCAAGCGGAACGUGAAAUCCGUCUACGGAGAGGCUCCGAAGGAGGAGCUUGUGCGGUACCAAAGAUUGGGAGUGCUGGAGUUCACCUCGGAUCGGAAACGCAUGAGCGUUAUCGUGAGAGACGUCCAGAGCCAGAUAUGGUUGUACACCAAGGGUGCGGAGAGUCACGUACUGCCGCUGUGCACGAGGACGCCCUCCGGUUUGAUAAUUUCGACACAGAGACACAUCAAUGAGUUCGCUAAACAGGGGCUGAGAACAUUGGCGGUGGCCAGGCGAAGACUCACACAGCUUGAGUAUUCCAACUAUAGGAACGAGCUAAUACAUGCGGCCAAUUCGUUGACGGAUAGACUUUCGAAGGUCGAGGAGUGCCAGCGCAAGAUCGAAACCGGUCUAGAGCUGCUAGGUGCCACCGCAGUGGAGGACGCUCUGCAGGACGACAUCCGGGACACGUUGGAGUCCCUGCGGAAGGCUGGUGUCAAGGUGUGGGUUCUAACCGGUGACAAGGUGGAAACCGCCCUUAAUAUCGCCCUCAGCUGCGGUCACAUACCGGAGAGCGCCUUCCGAUAUUUUGUGACCGAGUGUACGACCACGGAACAAGUUCAGCAGCACUUCGAUGUGUUCUCGUUCGAAAUGUUCCGCGCACCGGAACGGGAGUAUGCGCUGCUUAUUGACGGGUCGAGUUUAGCCAUAGCGCUGCGAGAUAUGAAGGAGGUGUUCAGGGAUGUGUCGAUCAAGUGCCGAGCGGUGCUGUGCUGCCGGUUGAGUCCACUGCAGAAGUGUGAGGUUGUGCAGCUGAUGAAAACGGUCGACAGUGCACCGGUGACGGCUGCCAUCGGGGAUGGGGCGAACGAUGUGUCGAUGAUCCAGGAGGCCCACGUCGGGGUGGGUAUCGUGGGAAAGGAGGGUCGACAGGCGGCUCGGUGUGCGGAUUAUGCGUUGGCAAAGUUCUGUAUGAUCAAGAAGUUGCUGCUCGUGCACGGCCAUUUCUUUUCUACGAGGCUUGCCGUUCUGGUGUUGUACUUCUUCUACAAAAAUAUGAUAUUCAUGGGAAUACAGUUCUACUUUCAAAUCCACAGCAUGUUCUCAUCGCAGUCGGUAUACGAUUCGGUGUUCCUUAUGCUGUACAACGUACUCUACACAUCGCUUCCCGUGCUCGUUCUGGCACUAACCGAGAAACCGUACACCGAGGAAGUCCUGAUGAAGGAACCUUCGCUGUAUCAGCGAGUUGCUGGCAACAAGCAGUACGCUUGGAAGUACUUCAUCGGGUGGAUGCUGCUGGCGGUCUACCACUCCCUGAUUAUCUACUUCUUCUGUUGGACCAUUUGGGGGAACAAUUCGGCGAUUUACGCCUGGUGGCCAUCGACGGCGAAUUUCGCUUGCUUCGGAACGAUAAUGAUCCACAACGUGGUGGUGCUGGCGAACCUCAAGCUGCUCCUGGAGGCUAUCUACCGGAGCUACGCCUUCAUAGCCACCAUCAUGUUGUCGAUAUUCGGCUUCAUGGGAACCACCUUCAUUUACAACCUGCUCAAUGUUUUCGGGUUUAUUUCCAGGUCCUACGACGGAGACAUGUUGCAGGUGUACAACAACCUGCUUUCGUCGAUGACGUUCUGGUUGCUGUGUUUACUGAUACUGGUGGCGGCCUUCAUUCCGGACUUUACGCUGUUCGCUGGGCGGUCGCUUGGUGUCAAAAUCGGUCACAUUUUCCCGGGUGGAGCCAAAUAUAGGAAAGCCCUCUUCCAGCGAAGAAAUCGCGGUGUCACCAGUACGUACUUGUGAAGGGGAACAACACGGUGUUCAUUUUCCGUGGGAGUUUUGUUUUUCUUUUAAUUUAGCAUGACAUGCUAACGUGCCAAGUUAGGUUAGGUGUCUUUGUACGUGUGCCUUAAAUUAUUUUCACAUUUAGCCGUAAGUCGAGAGUUCCUUCAGAGCAAAACCAAGAGUUACCAGUAUUUUUAGCUGUAUAUAUUUACAUGU